AUGACUCCAAAUCUUCAGCUCACAGUAGGAGAUGGUGAACUAUUUGAGGACCCUGAGAUGUAUAGGAGAUUGGUUGGCAAGCUUAAUUAUCUCACAGUGACUCGUCCGGAUAUUGCAUAUUCAGUUAGUAUUAUAAGUCAAUUUAUGUCCUCUCCUACUAUUAACCAUUGGGAAGCUUUGGGGCAAAUUUUAUGUUACUUGAAGGGUGCUCCAAGUCGUGGUCUCUUAUAUAGCAAUCAUGGGCACUUAAAUAUUGAGUAUUUUUUAGAUGCAGAUUUAGUAGGUUCAAAGAUUAAUAGGAAAUCCAUUACAGGAUAUUAUAUCUUUGUUGGAGGAAACUUAGUAUUUUGGAGAAGUAAGAAACAGACUAUAGUUUCUCGUUCAAGUGUUGAAUCAGAAUAUCAAGUUAUGGCCCAAGCUGUAUGUGAAGUAAUGCGGACGCGUCAAUUAUUGGAAGAAGUGGGUUUUGAGACCUCAUCUCCUAUUGAGUGA